CCCCGCUGCUCGCCGGGCUGGUUUGGCCUCCGGUGUGCAAGCCCGGAGAGUGGCCAGGACUCGGACUGGGAGUCUGUGUAUGAGACUGAAGAAUUAAUCCCAAAGCAGGAACUCUAUGAAGAACAGCCAUCGGGAAAGAUAAUCAAAGAACCUAGAAGUCUUGGCCUGGAGUAUCCCAGUUUGGGAGAAGAACAGAGCGAGGGUCAUCAUUUCAAGAGGCAAUCAAUACAGGAAUUUAAAGGCUUGCCUCAAGGAAGAGACCAUGGCUUUUGAAGCUUUUAUUGAUAACAGAUCUUGGGGAAGUUUUCACCAGAACACAUUGCUUCAUACACGUCAGACAAGCCCAGAAGACGAGACAGCACUUAAAGAAGGCACACACCAGAAAAUCUGGAAAAACAGCUCGAAGCCUCUUAAGCCCAAGAGCAUCUGCACAGAGAGGAAACUCCUGAGAUGCAGCGGUUGUGAGAAGGUUUUCAGCCAGAGCUCAUCCCUUACUCUCCACCAGAGGAUCCACGCUGGAGAGAAACCUUAUGUGUGUGUAGAAUGUGGGAAGGCCUUCAGCCAGAGAUCCAACCUUGUGCAACAUCACAGGACUCACACAGGGGAGAGACCCUACGGGUGUAAGGAGUGCGGGGAGGCCUUCAGCCAGUUCGUUCUCACUCAGCAUCAGAGAGUUCACACUGGAGAAAAGCCCUACAAGUGUAUCUUGUGUGGGAAAGCUUUUAGCAAUAGGUCAUCCAUUGCUCAACACCAGAGAGUUCACACCGGAGAGAAACCUUACCAGUGCAGGGUCUGCGGGAAAGCCUUUAGGCUUCGUGCAUACCUCACUGUGCAUCAGAGGAUUCACACAGGGGAGAGACCCUACGAGUGCAAGGAUUGUGGGAAGGCCUUCAGCCAGAAUUCCUACCUUGCUCAACAUCAGAGAAUCCAUACCGGAGAAAAACCAUACAAGUGCCAAGAGUGCAGGAAGGCCUUCCCCCGGAUCGCCUACCUCGCUCAGCACGCUGGGGAGAAGCCCUGUGAAUGUGCUGUUUGUGGGAAGGCCUUCAGUUACUGUGGCUCGCUUGCCCAGCGUCAGAGGAUCCACACAGGAGAGAGACCCUACAAGUGCAAAGAAUGCAAGAAAACCUUCAGCCAGCACACCCAUCUGUCUCAUCACCAGGGAAUUCACGUCAGGGAGUCACUCCCCAACCCGGGCAAUCACCACGUCCUAUAAAUCCCAGCUCCUAAAGAUUUCCGGAAUUUAUGUUCUUUUCUCUGUCUUUAAUGUCGAUUACUAUUAACAGUUCUCAUGGGUUUCCUACUGUCUAUUGUUAACUAUCUUCAAAUCUAUUUCCUGUAAUAUGCACAAAAUUAUUUUAGUUUGAGGUGGGAUCUUGUGUAGUACAUUCUGGCCUUAGACUCAUAUUUACAAAAGAAGCCCAAUGCUGGGCCAUAGAAAUGACAAUACCCAAAUCCUGCCCGCACUUAGCUCUCUGCCGGCACAGAAGUAACAACUGAAAAUACAGACGCACCUUCAUAUGGUUUGAGAAAGGUCACCCCAACAGAUAUAAAGGGGGAAAAGGUACUUAAAAAUAAGCGAAUUCAGCCAGUGCUGUGGGUGUCUGAGUUGUGCUUAU